CUUAAAUGCGUAAAGAAGAUCUAGCUGUGCAUUGCGAUUGACACACAUCCAAUUAGAUAUCUCCACGUAUUUACUUCCUUAAAGUGGAUAAGAACCAUUCUUUUCUCUAUAUUUUUCAUCACAUCAACCGCUCUAUUUCUGUUUUCCUUGCUGCCAAAAUAAUUUGGGGCUUUUCAUAUUAGGGUUUCUGAUUAUUCUUAAAAUCUUUGAAUUUGAUCACCAUGGAUGAUGAUGGGUUACUCGAUUGGGAGCUUCUUCAUGGCUUUGAUACAGAAUCUACUGAUUCUAUCAUAUCGGAGAAGAGUGUAAUCGAUGUCGGUAUGAUUCUUCUCUCUGAUCAUUUCUCUGCUGAUAACCUCGUAACUGAAUCGGGUGAUUCUUCCCGGGUUGAUCACGGGUCGGAGCCUCCGAAUCGGGUAGAGGUUGGUGUUGAUUUGGAUCAAUUGGGUGAUGAUUGUGUUAGAAAUGAAUUAGGGGUUUACGAUGUUUUGGGUGAUGGUGAGGUUAGGUUGAGUGGUUUUGAUGAAGCUGCAAAUGAGAAGGAUCUCGAGAGGGAGGCUGCUGCUGAAUUAACUGGUGGAACUAUAUCUCACUAUGAAGUAGCUGAUGAAAGGCAUGUUGAGAGCCAAUCUGGUGUUGAAGAGCCUAUUGAGGAAUCGAGCAAGUCUUUGUCUGAUGCAGGGGGGAAUGAGUUGGUUUCUGGAGAUUCUGGGGUUGUGAAUGGUGAAGAUGAGAUUGUUUCGGGUAGUGUUGUUGCUUCUACUGAAGCGGGUGAAGGAAAUGGAGGGAGUUUUGUAGAAGUUGGAGCUGUGAGAUCUGGCGAUGAGGGUAAAAGUAGAGAGAUUGUGUGGUGGAAGAUGCCGUUUGUGCUUCUUAAGUACUCUGUGUUUAAGAUUGGUCCGGUUUGGUCUGUCUCUAUGGCUGCAGCUGUGAUGGGUUUGGUUCUCUUGGGACGCAGAUUGUAUAAUAUGAAAAAGAAAGCUCAAAGGUUCCAUCUUAAAGUUACGAUUGACGACAAGAAGGCGUCGCGGGUGUUGAGUCAGGCAGCCAGACUCAAUGAAGUGUUCACAGAGGUAAGAAGGGUCCCUGUGGUCCGCCCUGUUCUACCAUCUCCUGGCACAUGGCCGGUUAUGAGCCUUAGAUGAGAGAAGCCGAUGUCUACAAUACUUAUACACCAUGGAGAAACAGUCGUACAAUGUCGGUCUCAUCAUGUUAUGUAUCAAAAGAAUACAAAACCAUGUGAUUAUGUCGUACCUAUCCAUUAAGUAGUUUUACCAUCUUACCAAGUCGCUUUUGCUGAGUCUUGUCCCUGCCAUGGGAGACACGCUAAGUGAUUACUGUAGCAAUUUAUGUAUUAUGUCGAGAGACUAAAAAUCCCAGUUGGUAAGCGUUUUUAUUUGUUUGAUCUUAAACAUAUCACAUGCUAUGUAGGCUUUUUGUAUGGAUGC